UUGGAGACCCAGUGGGCAGGCCAGGCAGGGUGGGCACGGAGCCUCCCAGGCUGGGACAGUGGGCAUGGGCGGGGGCUGUGGCUGAAAACCUCCCCCGCCCACUGCAGACCUCCUGGAACUCCCACACCACAGCUGCCAUGGCCGCCAAUAAGGAGCGACUCUUCCCAGCUGGUGCCUUGGGGCCAGGAUCUGGCUACCCAGGGGCAGGCUUCCCCUUUGCCUUCCCAGGGACACUCAGGGGGUCUCCACCUUUUGAGAUGCUGAGCCCUAGCUUCCGGGGCCUGGGCCAACCUGACCUCCCCAAGGAGAUGGCCUCUCUAUCGGUGGAGACACAAAGCACUAGUUCAGAGGAGAUGGUGCCCAGCUCGCCCUCACCCCCUCCGCCUCCUCGGGUCUACAAGCCAUGCUUCGUGUGCAAUGACAAGUCCUCUGGCUACCACUAUGGGGUCAGCUCUUGUGAAGGCUGCAAGGGCUUUUUCCGCCGCAGCAUCCAGAAGAACAUGGUGUACACAUGUCACCGUGACAAAAAUUGUAUUAUCAACAAAGUGACCAGAAAUCGCUGCCAGUACUGCCGACUGCAGAAGUGCUUCGAAGUGGGCAUGUCCAAGGAAGCUGUGCGGAAUGACCGAAACAAGAAAAAGAAAGAGGUGAAGGAAGAAGGGUCUCCUGACAGUUAUGAGCUGAGCCCACAGUUAGAAGAGCUCAUCACCAAGGUCAGCAAAGCCCAUCAAGAGACCUUCCCCUCGCUCUGCCAGCUGGGCAAAUACACCACGAACUCUAGUGCAGACCACCGGGUACAGUUGGAUCUGGGGCUGUGGGACAAGUUCAGUGAGUUGGCCACCAAGUGUAUCAUCAAGAUCGUGGAGUUUGCCAAGCGGUUGCCUGGCUUUACAGGGCUUAGCAUUGCUGACCAGAUUACUCUGCUCAAGGCUGCCUGCUUGGACAUCCUGAUGCUGCGGAUCUGCACAAGGUACACCCCAGAGCAGGACACCAUGACCUUCUCAGAUGGGCUGACCCUGAACCGGACCCAGAUGCACAAUGCUGGCUUUGGACCUCUCACAGACCUGGUCUUUGCCUUUGCUGGGCAGCUUCUGCCACUGGAGAUGGAUGACACUGAGACAGGACUGCUCAGUGCCAUCUGCCUCAUCUGUGGAGACCGCAUGGAUCUGGAGGAGCCUGAAAAAGUGGAAAAGCUGCAGGAGCCGCUGCUGGAAGCCCUGAGGCUGUACGCCCGGCGCCGGCGGCCCAGCCAGCCCUACAUGUUCCCAAGGAUGCUCAUGAAAAUCACCGACCUCCGGGGCAUCAGCACCAAGGGAGCAGAAAGGGCCAUUACCCUGAAGAUGGAGAUUCCCGGCCCGAUGCCUCCCCUGAUUCGAGAGAUGCUGGAAAACCCCGAAAUGUUUGAGGAUGACUCUUCACAGCCUGGUCCCCACCCCAAGACUGAGGAUGAGGUUCCCAGGGGCCAGAGUAAAAGAGGCCAAAGUCCCCAGCCUGACCAGGGCCCCUGACCUCCCCCACUGUGGGGUUGGGGCACCAGGCAGCAGACUGACCAUCUCCCAGACACUACUAGUGACUGGGAGAGGACCUGCUCUGCCCUCUCCCCACCCCUUCCAAUGAGUUCCUUGUUUUUGCCAAAGUUUCCAGGGGUGCCUCUGUAUUCACCCCCUUCCUGUUCUAACUGGCUCCCUUACCAGUCCUGGGGGCCUGCCCUGCUCAAACCAGGAGAGAGGGCAGAGGGGUGAGCUUGGGUUUGGACUCUAAAAUCUCAGCACUGCCCUUCAGAUGCCAGGAUCCUAGGCUCCCCAGGGCAGGAGGAAGACCCUGCCAUUCCACAGACUCCUCCUCUGCCAGGUGCUUGGGCCUCUGGGAGCAAACAGGAACACUAGAGACAAAAAGGGGUACAAUGGGGGAGGGCUGAGCCCACCCUCUUGCUCCUGCCCUUGGUGCCUGAUGCUAUGUGACGCACCUGGUGGGUGCAUGCUGCCCUCUGUGCCCCAUCCUUGUGUCAGAUCAGGGUGGUAGCAGGCUGGGCUUUGCAUUUCUGGGGUGAAAGGGACAAAUACAGGUCCAUUCUGCACCUCUUUGCUUGGGGGUGGAGUUUACCCUGUGCCCUCCAUUAUGAGUCGUCGCUCCCCCACCCCUGUCACAUGCCUUGGGCUCCUCCUGCCCCCAUCUCAGCCAUGGGCCAGGGAUGCUCCCACACUACAGAGGGGCUGGGGGAUCCCUCUCUCCCUAGUGCCUUUCACCCUUGACCCCCAAGAGCAGCUUGACCCAGGGAGGGGGGAUGCUGCUUGGCUGAUCCCGCCCUGACCCAGAGGAAGCCUCUAUUUAUUUAUUAGCUUUUGUUUACACCCUGGAAUUGACCCCUUCCUCCAGGGGUCUUGGGUGGGGGAGCCCAGGGCCCCUGUGACCGUUCCCUUCCUCCAAUCCCAAGUUUGUAUUUAGCUGCCAAAUAAAAUUCCCACUGGCUCCCCUUUUCUUUGGGGGGUCAGGGUGCUGUCCCCUCCCCUCUGUUUACAGCUCCCCUCCACCCCGCUGUAUUGCAUAUUGCUGAGUUUUCUAUUUUUGCAAAAUAAAGUGAUGGAAACUCA